AACUGGGGCUCAACUUCCAGGUUUCGAGUUCCGGGGUAGGUGGGGCUCCUAGGCUCUUGAUCUUUGGCGGGAAUCGUUACUGCGGCAAAGUUGACACUGGCUUCUGGAGUCUCUAGAGGUCCAGACUCCCUGACCGACCUCGGCAGCUUCGACCAUGCCAAGGCCGGUGCGGAAUAAGAAACCAGUCAAUUAUUCACAGUCUUUGGACUCUGACAUUGAGGACGAUGAUGAUUUUGUCCCGUGGACUACAACUUCAAACAAAAAAUCAAAAAUAUCAAAAGAAACAAAACAGGAAAAAGAAGAGAAAUCAAAAACAAAAAAUAGACAUAAAGAAGAGUCUCCACUCCAAGUGAAAACACCUAAUAAAAGGAUGGCUUUGGAUGACAAGCUCUAUAAGAGAGAUUUAGAAGUUGCACUAGCAUUAUCAGUGAAGGAACCUUCUAUAGCCACUACUGAGAUCCAGAAAUCUCCAGAUAUUGAAAAAUGCGAUAGUGCUGAAUCUGAAAAAAUGAGUAUUUCUUCUCACCGCUCUAAUUGCAGCAUAGAUGGUGUUAGCUUCGAUUUAAAUAAGAUUACUGAAGAAGGUGAUUCUCCUGCUGAUCAUAGGCAAAGAAAAGCUGCAUCCAAAGCGAUGACACAACAGAAGAAGUUACUUAGAGAAAAUAGUGAAGAAGACAAUGUUACUGACUCUGAACCAGACCUUACAUCAAAUUUAAAUAAGAUUAUUGAGGAAGAUGAUUCUCAUGCUGGUCAUAGGCAAAGAAAAGCUGCAUCCAAAGCUAUGAUACAACAGAGAAAGUUACUUAGAGAAAAUAGUGAAGGAGACAAUGUUACUGACUCUGAACCAGACUUUACAGCAAGUGAAAGCAAUUCUAAUUUCAGUGAAAGUGAAGGUGAUGAUGAGUUUACUACAAGGAAAAAUAAAACCAAAGAAAAUAAAAAAAGUGCUAAGAUCAGAGCCCCAGUGGAAAAGAAAAAGAAAGCUUCUAAGACUUCUCAUAGUUUGGUAGUUCCAGUGGUUUCUGAUCUAGCACCUGUUGUAUCAAAACCAGCACCAAAAGAAACUUGUCCGUCUUCAAAACUUGUUCGGAAGCCAUUACAAUCACUUAGUCCCUUAACCGAAUGUAAGAGACCCAGAUGGGUCCCACCAGCUUCAUCAGGAGGCAGCAGCAACCCACUUGGAGGAGUUUCUGUCAGGUCUCCGAGUCAUAGUCUCCGACUUGGCCUGUCCAGAUUUGCAAGAGUUAAACCUUUGCACCCAACUGCCAGUAGUACCUGAAAAUGAUUAAUAAAAAAUAAAUUCUAGUUUUGAAAGAAUGUUCUUAUUUGAAAAGGCUAAUGAUUGUCUAAUAUAAUUCUUUUAAGUUUGAUGCAGAAAAUCUUGAAUCCUAAAAACUUAAGGAUGUUGCCAUUCUAUUCAAGAUUCUGAAGAAGAGUUUGUAAAGAAUACAUAUUCUGUUAUCUAACUUGGAAUAACAAGUGAAGUGAUGGCGGUUUUGGAAGUAUAAAAUAUAUGAUAUGAUGUAGGGAUAGUUGUAUACUUUUAGCCAACUAUGGCUUAAUCUAAUUUAUAUCAACCUAAUUUUGUAGGGUUUAUUUAGAAAACGAAAAUUGGUAUUACACUCUCCUCUUCAUGUAAUACUCAUCUUGUAAAAGCUAACUCAACUAAAUCAUAUGUUUUAUUGUAAGGAUGUUUCAUAUGUUAAUAAGUAAAGUAUUUUUAUAAUAAAAAUGUUUAACUCA